GGUCAGCGCAACUCUCUAGGAAUCUGUCCAAACACAUUGGUCACAUCAAAACACACAUUCUCUCUCUACUUAAUUUCCCCCCUCUCUCUCUCUAUAACUGUACAUGCACAUAUACACACACUCUCUCUCUCUCUCUAUAUCUCUGUGAGAAAAGGGCUAGAGGAAGACCUCUGUAUCUCUGUUGAUCGCCAUCGGUAAUAAGGUCAAUUGAUGGCCAAAAAGGCUUCAGAAUCCAUGGAUUCAGAUGUGGGUUCAGCAGAGGAUGUCGUUCAGGCAUUUUUGGAAUACUUGGUCGAUCCUUUGUUACCUUCCAAGUCCUCUGCGCGGGAAAAUCCUUCCCUUUCUCAACAACAAUUAGUCUCCAAACAGGUGCAUGCCGUUGUGUUACUCUACAACUAUUACCAGAGGAGAAAACAUGCAGAAGUAGAAUUUCUAAAUUUCGAGUCAUUUUGCAAGUUGGCUGUAACUUUGAGACCGAGUUUGAUGUCACACAUGAAAAUCUUGAACCGUUCUGAUUAUACUGAGUUGAAUGAUCUGGAAAAUCAGUUUUCACUGACUGAGAAAGCCAUUAUGGAUGCAUGUGAUCUAUCUUUAGUGCUAAAUGCAUCAAAAGAUGUUCCAAGCACUGAGGGAUGGCCAAUUUCCAAAGUUGCAGUUCUGUUAAUUGACUCUAGGAAGGAGAACUGUGUACUGGUAUUUAGUUCCAUCACUCAUGGGGUUUGGUCAGUUAUCGAAAAAGAUCUUGAUGUAUCCAAUGCCAGUUCAGAAGAUGCGGUGGAGGGAAAAAACAUAAACAAAAGGAAAAGAAUCGCUAGAAAACCUCUGAGAGAUGAAGCCAAUGCUGGUGAAGCUGGCUUCCAACAGCUUGCAUAUUCAGCUGUUAAGGAAGCAAUGGGUAUGCUUUCUUCAAUACAUUUACUAGAUGGCAUUAAUCAGACUGAUCUUAUGGUUUUGGAGAGCCAUGUUGUAUAUUCCACAAGCAAAGAGAAGACAGCUUCUCAGUUUUAUUUAGUGCAAUGCACCAAAUCAAUCAAUGAGGAUCUUCAAGUUCCUAUUAAAGAUGUUAUUGAUAGUUUGCAGGGCCCUUUGGUCAAAAAGAGUUCCUGCAGUUGGACUGUCACCCCCGUUGUGGAGUAUUUUCACGUGCUUCCUUAUGCUAGGAUCAUAUCAGGCUGGCUUUCUAGGGAAAUGUUCUCAAGUAGUGUGCAAGAUUUGAGGUUGGGAUUGGGAGAUGUAAAUGCCAAUAGCUCUCAGAAGACAGAGAACUCUUGUGACAAAGAAGUUGUUGCUAAUGGUGAUAACUCUAAUAAACAUUGUGGUGUAGCAGAUUCUAUUGAGAGAGAGACAAAUGGUGCUAAUGCUGAGUCUCCAAAGCUGAAGAGUAAUGAUUCUUUAGGUGGGCCACAUGGUAUGGAUGUGGAGGACUCUUCUACUGAUGGCCCUCAGAAGGAAGACAGAAAGAAAAAAUUUGGCAAUGCAAUCAAAGUUUACCAUCACCAGAAAAGGGCAACUUCUUCUGUGGAGAAUAGUAUGAAUUCCUCAACAAGUGGUAUCAAGGUUAAGGUGGAGAUGGUUGAUUCCAUGACGAAACCAUGCGUUAAUGAAUGCAAAGACGAAAAGGUUGAUGCUGGAAAUAAGAUUUGCAGUGUUAUCCCAUCUGAUCAAGGAGUGCCCAUCGGAGAACAUGUGCUGGUUGCUUUUCAGCUGGACUCUAAAUCUCUAGAAAAGGUGGAGAUGGUUGACUCCAUGAUGGAACCAUGCGUUAAUGAAUGCAGAGACAAAAAGGUUGAUACUGGAAAUAAGAUCUGCAGUGUCAUCCCAUCUGAUCAAGGAGUGCCCAUCGGAGAUCAUGCACCGGUUCCUUUUCAGCUGGACUCUAAAUCUCUAGAAAAGGUGGAGGUGGUUGACUCCAUGAUGAAACCAUGCGUUAAUGAAUGCAGAGACGAAAAGGUUGAUGCUGGAAAUAAGAUCUGCAGUGUUAUCCCAUCUGAUCAAGGAGUGCCCAUCGGAGAUCAUGCUCUGGUUCCUUUUCAGCUGGACUCUAAAUAUCUAGAAAAAGUACAAGUUACUCUGGCUUCGAAAGAAAAUGAGUUAUCGCAGACUGCCCUAAGAGUUCUUCUCCGGAAAAGAGAUAAACUGUCCCGUCAUCUACGGAAUCUAGAAGAUGAGAUUGCUGUAUGUGAUAAAAAUAUCCAAACAAUCUUAGAUGGUGGUGCAGAUGAUAUGGCUUUAAAGAUAGAAGCCAUUAUAGAUGGUUGUAAUGAGGUCUGCCUAAAAAGCGAAAGACAAACUCGAGAUAGUACUAAUCAACAUUUUGAAGACCAAGGCUCACCUCAAAAUUUGAAGAGGAAGAGAUUAGCUGAGGCCAUCCUCACAUUGCGAAAUCCAUGUCAGGAACUGGAUGACAUAUGUUAUGAGAACAAUUGGAUUUUACCAACAUACUGUGUGACCCCAUCAGACGAUGGAUUCCUGGCCAAUGUGACUGUGAAAGGGAUGGAUUUUGAGUGUUCAGGUGGAAGCAGCUUGCGUUCCAAUCCCCGUGAAGCAAGGGAGUCAGCUGCUGCACAGAUGAUUGGUAAAUUACAAGAUAUGGCAGGCAAGAUGCAGUAGUAUUAGGUUCUUCUGCGAGAAGUGCUCCCGAGCAGUAAGCUUGGUAACCCGGUGUAUACCUCCUUUUACUGGGCUCCAAUAGUAUGUAAAAAUUAGUUUUUCUUUUGUCGAAUAUUCCCCUGCAAAACAGUGUAUUUCACUUUCUGCAAGCACAAUGUGGUAUCUGUGCACUAGUGAAAUCUUAUUCAUAUCGUUGGCUUCGUUGUUUGUAGUU